CUGUCUUUUGUUGUUUUAUGUGUUUGGUCAUUUUGGCUGCAUAUACAUCUGUGCACAUGUGUACAGUGCUCAUAGAGACCAGAAGAGGGUGUUGGAUCCCCUGGAACUGGAAAUACAGACAGUUGUGAGGUACCAUGUGGGUGUUGGGAAUCCAAACCAGGUCCUCUGCAAGAGCAGUAUGUAUGUAUGUAUAUAUGUUUGUAUGUGCAUAUUUACCUAUCUCUCUACCUAUCUAUCCAUGUAUGUAUCUAUUCAUAUAUGUAUGUACAUAUCCACACAUAUAUCUUUGUGUGUGCAUUCAUACAUGUAUCUAUCAUGUACAUAUGUAUGAAUUCACCUACCUUUCUGUCCAUCUUGGUGGUGCUGGGGAUAAACUCGAGGCUUUCUGCUGCUAGGCAAGGGCUGUACCAUGAGCUACACCCCAUUCAACUUUCUUUUUUAAAAGUAAAGGAAGUUAGGUGUGGUGGCACAGGUCUGUGAUCCCAGCAUUCAGGAACCUGAGACAGGAGGAUUGCCACAAUUCCAGAAUAGUCUGGGCUAUUUAGUGACACCCUGUGACAAAAACAAACAAAAACCAACAAAACAAUACCGGAGCUGUAGCUCAUUGUAGAGCCCUUGUCCAGCAUGCCUGAGGUCUGGGUUCCGUUCCAGCACCACAUAGACCGGAGAUGGUAGUGCAUGCUUGCCAUCCAUCCCGACACGGAGGAAGUGGAGGCAGGAGGACAGAAGUUCAAGAUCAUCCUUAGUGAUUCAUACAGUGAGUUUGAAGUCAGCUUGGAAUACAAUAAGACCCUGUUUCAGAAAGAAAAAAAAAAAAAAACCGGGCUGGUGAGACCUAAGCCCCAAUGCUGGGAACCACAUGGUAGGAGAGGGCUGGCUCCCAAAGUUGUCCUGUGCCCUCCAUAUGUGCCCUAGUGCAUUGGGGCAUGCACACCACGCACUCAUGCACACACGCGUGCGCACACACAUGCACAUAAUAAAUAAAUGUUUACGAUUUUUAAAAUCAUAAUGAUCUAUUCCGAAAUCGGUGUAAUCCACAAACAGAAAACACCAUAGCAUGUUGUUUGUCAGACUGCACGGCCUGGUUCCACUCACACAUCCAGUUGGUAGUCGUCUUUAGGAUUUUUAUUUCGAACUGGACUGGGGAAGAGGUACCGCCUAGUGCAACAACACAGCUUCCAUCUGUGUCCUGCUGGUCUGCGCAGCAGGGCAGAUUUACAAACGCCCAGACUAGACAUGAAGAAGGUAAGUCUCCUGUCCGUGACCACAUUAGCAACCACCAACCCCCUUCCCCGAAACAAAACCAUGCUGUCUGCCCCACCCCCCUACACUGGUUAUGGCGGCGGCGGCUGUGCCCAAGAGGGCCCCUGUUCCCUCCGGAGGCCGUGGCUUAUCUGUCCCCGACUGCGUGCUGGCCCCGCCCCCUGGAGGGAGCUGCCACUUGGAAGCUCCUGGUCAGCUGUGUCCGGCAGCUGCUGCUGACCCAGCUGUGGACUGGGGGAAAGGGGAAAGAGGAAAGGGGAGGGGAGGCGGGGGGGGACACGGAGGGGCUGGAGCCCUGGGCUUCCUGAAACUGGGGCUGCAUCAUGGACCACCUCAGGGUGCCCCUCUGGCCUCGGGUUGGCCCCCUCUGUCUCCUACUUGCUGGUGCAGCCUGGGCUCCCUCACCCAGCCUCCCGGACCCCAAGUUUGAGAGCAAAGCGGCCCUGCUGGCAUCCCGGGGCUCCGAAGAACUUCUGUGCUUCACCCAGCGGUUGGAGGACUUGGUGUGUUUCUGGGAGGAAGCGGCGAGCUCCGGAAUGGGCUUCAACUACAGCUUCUCUUACCAGCUCGAGGGUGAGUCACGUAAGUCAUGUCGCCUGCACCAGGCACCCACAGUACGCGGCUCCGUGCGUUUCUGGUGUUCACUGCCGACAGCGGACACGUCGAGCUUCGUGCCACUGGAGCUACGCGUGACGGCGGCCUCCGGAUUUCCUCGCUACCACCGCACCAUCCAUAUCAAUGAAGUUGUGCUCCUGGACGCCCCUGCGGGACUGCUGGCGCGCCGGGCGGAGGAGGGCAGCCACGUGGUGCUGCGCUGGUUGCCACCUCCUGGGGCACCUAUGACCACCCACAUCCGUUAUGAGGUGGACGUGUCUGCAGGCAACAGGGCAGGGGCCACGCAAAGGGUGGAGGUCCUGGAAGGACGCACUGAGUGUGUACUGAGCAACCUGAGGGGCGGGACGCGCUACACCUUCGCUGUUCGAGCGCGCAUGGCCGAGCCGAGCUUCAGCGGCUUCUGGAGCGCCUGGUCUGAGCCCGCGUCGCUGCUGACAGCUAGCGACCUGGACCCUCUCAUCCUGGCGCUGUCUCUCAUCCUCGUUCUCAUCUCAAUGCUGCUGGCAGUGGUGGCACUGCUGUCCCACCGCCGGACUCUGAAGCAGAAGAUCUGGCCUGGCAUCCCAAGCCCAGAGAGUGAGUUUGAGGGUCUCUUCACUACCCACAAGGGUAACUUCCAGCUGUGGCUGUUACAGCAGGACGGCUGUCUGUGGUGGAGCCCAAGCAACUCCUUCCCGGAGGACCCACCUGCUCACCUAGAAGUCCUCUCAGAGCGCUGCUGGGGGGUAACACAGGCAGGGGAGCCACGGGCAGAUGACAAGGGGCCCUUACUGGAGCCAACGGGCAGUGAGCAUGCCCAGGACACCUACCUGGUACUGGAUGAGUGGUUGCUGCCCCGGAGCCCAUGCAGUGAGGACCUCUCGGGAUCUGGGGACAGUGUGGACCCAGUGACUAUGGAUGAAGGCUCGGAAGCAUCUUCCUGCCCCUCUGAGUUGGCCUCAAAGCCCAGGCCAGAGGGCACUUCACCUUCCAGUUUUGAGUACACCAUCCUGGACCCCAACUCCCAGCGCCUCUGCCCUCGGGCACUCCCUCCUGAGCUGCCUCCCACUCCACCUCACCUGAAGUACCUGUACCUUGUGGUGUCUGACUCGGGCAUCUCAACAGAUUACAGUUCGGGGAGUUCCCAGGGAGUCCAUGGGGACGCAUCUGAUGGCCCCUACUCCCACCCCUAUGAGAAUAGCCUUGUCCCGGACCCAGAGCCUCUGCACCCCAGCUAUGUGGCCUGCUCCUAGGACGCCAGCCUACACCAUCCCAAGCCCACAACUUCUUGAACAGGGCUGAAGGCCAUACUUAAAGUCACAGCUGACCUCGGUCCUCUGCCCAGCCCAUCCUGUCCAGGAAGCAACAGCCUUGCAAUGUCAAGAUAGACAGUUAUCUGUCUGUACAUAGAAAUAUAUACAUAUCGAUUUUUCUA